AUGCCUAACUUUGAGGAAGUCAAAAGUACAAUCUUCAACAUGAACAAAGAAAGUGCUCCAGGUCCAUAUGGAUUUGGUUCAUUAUUUUUCUUAACAUACUGGGACAUUGUGGCUCAAGAUGUGAUAGAUGAUAUUAUACAAUUUUUUAGAUCAGGUUGGAUUAUACCUAACUUCAAUUCUAACAGUAUUGUUCUUAUUCCAAAAUCCAAAAAUGCAGAUCCUGUGGAUCAUUUUAGACCUAUUGCAUUGGCCAAUUAUAAAUUCAAUAUUAUCACAAAGAUUAUUGGUCAAAUAUUAGCUCAGAUGAUGUUAUUUAUUAUAUCUCCUAACCAAAGGGAUUUCAUUAGAGGGAGGAAAAUGAAGGACUGCCUUUGUAUAAAAUUUGAAUCCAUUAAUGUUUGGAAUAAUAAGGCAUCUGGAGAUAACUUGGCUUUGAAGAUAGAUAUCAAGAAGACCUUUGAUACCAUUCAAUGGAGUUUAUUAAUACAAGUUCUUAGGAAAUUCGGUUUCAAUGAUAUGUUUUGUGGUUGGAUGGAAGUCAUUCUAAAGUCUGUCAAGCUAUCUAUUUCCAUAAAUAGAAAUCAGAGGGUUUCUUUGACUGUCAAAGAGGAGUUAGGAACAAAGAUCCACUCUCUUACAUUCUCUUUUGUUUAA